AUGUAGCGCUAUAUUUAGUUUUUAGAAUUUAGAUAUUUGACAAAAAAGAUGGCAGCGAGUGUCGACGGCUGUCCAUCGGAUUUAAUGUGAAAAUGGCGCAUUAUGUGAUAUUUUCACAAAAUUUAUUAAUAAUAAGUGAAAUAUUGUGUAGUGUUUCUAUGUGAUAGUGAAUUUUACAUUAUUGACAGUGAUACUGGUGUGUAAAUUGGAGAACUCUCUGCUUUCUUAGGAUAUUGGAUUACACAAAAAAAACAGACAAAAUGGUGGUGGGCGAGAAUAAACGUACGGCCAACAUAAUGGACGGCAUUGAGAACACCGGCGACGUCAGGCUGCACGACCAUCGGCUACGAUUGAAACAGAGAUUCGACAUAGUAAGAAAACUAGGCCAAGGCACAUACGGGAAAGUCCAAUUAGGUAUAAACAAGAAGACUGGACAGGAAGUGGCGAUCAAGACGAUAAAGAAAUGCAAGAUCGAGACCGAAGCGGACUUGGUGCGAAUUCGACGGGAGGUGCAGAUUAUGUCAUCGGUCAGACAUCCCAAUAUUGUACACAUUUAUGAAGUAUUUGAAAAUAGUGAAAAGAUGAUUUUAGUAAUGGAAUACUGUUCGGGUGGUGAACUGUAUGAUUAUCUAAGUCAAAAGAAAGUUUUAGAAGAGGACGAAGCCAGGAGGUUAUUCCGGCAGAUCGCAACCGCUGUAUACUAUUGCCAUAUACAUAAAAUCUGCCAUAGGGACUUAAAAUUAGAGAAUGUUUUACUCGACGAGACUGGUAGUGCCAAGAUCGCAGACUUCGGUCUUUCCAAUGUGUUCAAAGAGACGUCUCUGCUGGCGACAUUUUGCGGGUCUCCUUUGUACGCGUCGCCGGAAAUAGUUAAAGGCACUCCGUACAUCGGACCCGAAGUUGACUGCUGGUCCCUGGGAGUACUCCUGUACACUCUGGUGUAUGGGGCGAUGCCCUUCGAUGGCUCCAAUUUCAAGAGACUGGUUCGUCAGAUCAGCAACGGGGAUUACUACGAGCCCAAGAACCCGUCUUCUGCAUCUCCUCUGAUCCGUGACAUGCUCACUGUGGACCCUUUGAAGAGAGCGGACAUCGUUUACAUCUGUGACCAUCCGUGGGUGAACCUGGGCUGUGAAGCGUCAUGUCUGGAGAUAGCGGAGGCCUUGGCAGCCGAGACUCCGGUGCGACUAGACCUGUUGCUGUCCUUGGCACCUGCGGCUGCGUCAAACACUAAUAGCGUGGUUGUUCCAGAGCAAUCCGAGCUGGGUGGUCCGACAGAGAGUUGCACUGACCUCACCAGUUCUACUUCGAUGGCAGUGGAGCCCAGCAAUUCUGCUGAGAAACGGAUAUUGGAACUUGUUGCAGAGGGCGGCGAGGAUGCCAUAAAGCCUUCCCCGACGCGCACGAUAGUGGCGGCCGCAGACAACAAACGCAAGCUGGAGCUCGCCAUGUCCGGCACCGGCCUGCAGAGGAAGAGGGAACGCGUUGCCAGUUCUGCAAGCUUAGCUGGUGCGCCCGCGCUGCCGGAAGAGGCCUGCGUUCCCGACGAAGACACUGCGGGGCUGCAAGAUGGUUCUAGUGGUGAAAUGCCUCAACACUCUCUGAAGUCAUCGGCCACCAUCACGAUAUCUCCCACUCCGGCCGCAGUAGAGUUGAGCAAAGCGCCCACCGAAGAGGUCAAACGUGCGCUAAACGAUGAGAUAAAAGAAGAAAAGCCUAAAGCUAAGAAAGUCCUCUCCAAAGUUGACAUACCGGAGAAGCAAAACGAAUCUAAGGUGGAAGAUGGCAAGCCAUCCGUGGCGGCCACCGCAGACAAGCUGACGUCCUUGACCAUUUCUCAGCCGGCGCCCGCCUCCGCUCCCGUCAAACCGAAGAAGCUAUCUAUAGGAGGUCACGUGGGCAGCUUCAAGGAGCAGUUCGAGAGACGAGCGUCCCUCACCACUCCGCCGGAAGUCAAACGGACCGUCACCAAACCCGUGGUGUCGAAGAUCGCGAAGCCGAAAGCCCAGAGCGAGGACCGGGAGUUGAACAAGCCUCUGGACAACGGGACGGUGAGGCUUCAGCAGAUCGGCAUUGAGCCGUCGCCGUCGGUGCCGUUCGAAGAGCCUCAAACGCAAAUGAACCGGGGUGGAGUGAAGAAGACAGAGAGCGAACCCACUCACCACACACAAGUCGACCCUGCGGUCUUGCUUCAGGACGCCAGGAGGAGUCUCCAAAGUUCGAUGGCGAAGUUGGCAGAAGAACGGGCGGGCGAAGAGAACAGACGUCGCGCCGCAAGAGACAUUAUUUCCUCUGCUAUCAGGACGGGCAAGCCUCCCGUGCCCUACGGCAGGUCUUCGUCAGCCGGAGUGACGUCGCUGGCUUCUCCGCCGUCCACUCCCCCCGCGGCCCCGCCCUCCGCCUCUUCCAAGGUCUUCAAAACGGAGGCACACCAUCGGGUGGAGGAUCACCGCAAUAGGGGCCCGUCAGUGGAACGCAUAAUACCGAUAAGUGUGGCGACGGAAGACAGCCCCACGUCCCCGACGUCUCCGUCCACGAACGCGCACGUUCCCACGCACAAGCCCGCGCCCAGGUCGACGCAUACGCCACUUAGACGUCUGGCGUCAACGGAGUCGACGGGCACGGGCGAGCCCAGUCCCAGCACGGGCGAGCCGAUAAAGAAAUCGGCUCGGGAGUUCAUUAUACCCAUUGCGGUGGAGGGCAAGGGGUACGUCACACCCAGACAACGCAGCCUCGAGCCCGACGCGUCGCCUUCGCCUAGGGUGCAUCCCCCCCGACUUACACCUCGGCGCAUCAGUAGCUUAGUAAGUGGCGGAGAAUCGGAAGAAGAAGAUGACACGCAUAUGCAUCGAUUGAGAUCAAGCCGCUUGGCUCGAGCGGAAUCCGUGUCCUCUGGCGAAGAGGACGAGGAAGAUGAGGGUUUCCAUCUCUUGACAGCUGAAAACCUCUUCUCCACGCUGUUACACCGAGUUCGCGCGUUAACUCAGCGGUUGAACGGCGAAGAAGGCCCCGGUUUCGCCCAGCACCCGCACUCGCUCUUCAACAACCUGCAUUCGCCGUUCUUCAAUAGCCCGCACUUGCCGAGGAGGCAUUUCAUCACACAUAGGUAUACGGAAAGUAAAAGGAGUGUAUCGGAGACGCGCGAAGGCUGGGGCUCGCGAGACAUGCAGUCGCCGUUCGAGUCCAUGUUCAACAAAUCGCGUCAGACGCCGCGCGGUAGUAGUAAGAAGGGCAAAGCGCGGACCGGCGACGGCGACGACGAGCGUGAGGGCGACGCGGGACUAGAUCUCUCGGACCUCGACUUGAGCUCGAUUCGGUUCUCCGAGCGCGAGAUGCGCGCCCUGUCGGGCCUGACGCCGGCGCUGUCUCGGCGCCUGCAGCGGCAGCUCUUGCGGCAUCUGCCGCCCCACGCCGCUCGCUCCUUGCGACGCACGCUCUCUCUCGGCGCCGACCGAUCCGAGCCGGCGGACGACCCGCGAGAGGCCCCCGCCGCCGACGACGCACAUUCGCGAGAACCUCCCGACACCGAAAUCGACGACGACGUCCCGCGAGCUUCCGCGUCCCAAUUCUACACUCUGCCGCGUUUGAGACGACGGUCUAGCGCGUCGCGCGAACCCGCGUCUCCAUCUUCCGCUCUCGCCGACGAUUGUACAUACAAAAUGGCGGCUCCGCGGGACUCGAGCGGAUCGCGCCCGGAGUCCCGCGGCGCUACCGAUAGACCUCUACUGAGUAAAUAUUUAUCUGAAAGAACGACUUCUCUAGACGACACGUACGCGUCGGACGGAGGCAGUCUAGUCACCGACCCCAGUUAUAUCGCUGCGUACGGGUCGCCCGCUUACGGUAACUCGACGGGUCCAAAUUUCAGACGACAUUCCCUGAGAUUAUCCGGCGAUCGUCCGAAAAAACGUAUUUCCAGAUUCCUCAGAUCAGAUUUCUUCGAGUCGCCCCCGGACGAAAGCGUUUACACCAAACACAAAAAAGAAAAAGAAUUGGAAACUCAAAAAAUAUUGAAAGAAAUAAGGGAGAAGAGAAGUAGAGCUUCGGACGGUGCGGCGACGACCCCCACUGAUGCGAGCGAAGGUCCGAAUUAUAUAAGCGAGGAUGUGACGCGCAAGUGCUUGUCACCUACGAGUAUUUUAGUUGGUAAAGAUCGAAGUAGAUCAACCACGCCUUUCUUUCCCAGUUUAGAUAAUAUUAAGGAAAACGCAAUUGAUUCAUCGACUUUACUGAAAACGAAAAACAUCUGCAAUGAAACACGAGACUCACAUAUCAGGAAUAAUAACGAAAACGCGACUAACCAAGAAACGAGGAUAGUCCGACCUAAAAGUUAUCCAGCUAAAAGCAUCAAAACAUACGAGACUAACAAAACCGAAAGUGAAAGAAAAUCAAGUAAAGAAAUCGAAUCUGAGAAUAAGCAUAUUACAUCUAGGGAAUCAAAAUUAUUAAGACCUAAAAGUUACCCGAAUAAUACGAAUAUUUUAAAUAAAACUAAUUCCAACCGCACGACUAGUAAAGACGAAUGCAAAAGUUCCACCCUAAAUGAAAACCCUUCCCCUACACCGGAAGCAAAAACUGAUGUAGAAGUUAGUUUUAACAUAACACUGCCUAGAAAACCAAAACCUACCCCGACGAGCAAUUCAUCAGAGGUUGUCACUCAAAGUGAAAAUCUUAACGCUAGAGAGGAUAAAACGAAAAUAGAUAAUGGUUCAUCAAAUCUUGUUUUGAAAAAGUAUAAAGUAGUUAAUUCCACACAGAGAGAAAUGUCUUCAGCCGUGGAUCAAAAUACAUUAAAUGAGAGUGUCGUGGACACUACAGAUGCUCUACGAAAACGAAAUUAUCCCAAUUCCAUAAAAAAUAACAUCUCAAGUAAUGGUUUUACUCGAGAUAAUAGUAUUCCUAAAGAUGAGUCAAAAGAAGAAAAGAAGAUUGUAAAAAAGAAAGUUAUUAAAAAAGUACCUUCGAAGUCAAAGACGACUGAAUUAGGAAACGACAAGAAACCGAAUGAUAUUAAAUCUUCAAAUGAUAAAAAAAUUGUCGCUAAGAAACAUAAGGAAAAAUCACCUGAGGAUAGUAAACAAAAUAAUGUUACUAAGAAAAAGUCAGUUUUACAAUCGAUAGGUCACAAAUUAGAAAAAUUGACUUCUUCAAAGUCUAACUCACCUGAGAAAACAUACCAAAAUAGCUCGGUAAAGGCUAGUAAAAAAGAAACUAGUAAACUACGAAGGACACAAAGGGAACACUCCGUUCCGGUCGAACCGCCCACAGAAUCGAAUCUCAUCAAGAGAGCUGUCACUGUCACAGAUGUGGCCGCACUGGAAAACCAAAGCAGUACACCGAAUAAAACGACAGUGUCUAAAGUGUUGGGAUUAUUUAAGAAAUUUGAACCUAAAGAGAAACAGCUGAAACUUAAUUCAGAAAAUUCACGAAACAAUGUUGAUGAACAAAGCAUUUCUGCAGAAAGUGAUAUCGAAAAACCUCAAAGACCAUCGUCCCUGUUAUUGAAUGGCGUGAGUAGUAAAAGUAAUAAAUAUAAUAAGACUAGUAGCGAUAUUUGCACCGCCCUUCCUACUGAUGAUGAUGAAAAAUUAAAGAAGAAAGAGGAGACGAAGAGCAUUCGUAGCACACUAAAGUUGGACUUUUCAAAACUUCCUAGAGUGAAGAAAAUAGUUCCUACUAAUCCUGUGAUAGAACCUCAAAUAAUGGAUACGUCAAUGGACAAAGGUAAAGUUGGAAAAAGUGAAACAAAUGGUGAUUGUAUAGCGGAUGGAAUGGCCAAGUUAGACUUGGGUGAUGCCUUAAGUAGAAGUAGAUCUAGAAGUAGAUCGAUAUAUUCUAAUUCUGAUGUUAAAUCCGAUCAUAGCGCUGAAAUAAAAGAGAAAACCCUUAUCUCUCCCAGCAGUCUUUAUCCUAUCCGAAGUCACGAUUCGACCACCCCAGAGAAAGAAGACGUCGGGGAUAGAAUACGCAGAAAAAGCUUUUACUCCAGAUUUAAUGAAAAGAAACAACGAAGAAAAAGUAACUUAGUCGGUCCCGGCGCCGUCGAAUACGAUCCCGUGGCUCGAAUAUACUCGCACUCGACCGAUAAAUACGACGCUUCCCCCACUUCCCCCAAUACGUAUGACGUUUCGCCCGGCUUUUCCGUUUCUUCGGACGCGUCUCCUUCGACCGACCGGUAUAGGUCCUCGCUCGCCGACCUAGCUCGAAAUAAUUUACGAUACGAUAGCCUCAACGACAAAGUAGACACGUACAGAUCUCUAGACAGGAGCGACCUAAGAAAAUAUUCAGGAACACGAAGCUAUCUCGACUACGACCAACCGUCGUCUCACGGCCAGAAUAGAUAUUCCAGAACGAAAUCACUGUUGGAGACUUCGGACGGCCCCGACACUCUCGGCCUCAGCCUUUUGAAGGAACCGCACAAGUAUAACAGGACGAACUCUCUCUACGCCCCCGGGAGCUACGCCACGUAUCGCCCUAAGAGAACCCAACUCAACUCUGCCAUAAUAUUGAAAGAGAGCGAAAAGGAACCGAGCCCGGAAAACAUUCUUGAAAAAAUUCGCAAUAGAAAGUACUCGAUCAGAGUGACGAGAAAGUCGGCCCCGGACAAGGAUUCCACGUCGAGACCCGCUGGCUCACCUCAAGGCGAAGGCGACGGUGCAGAACGCUCUGAGAAAGGCGACUGAGAGGCGUUGACGACGAGUCGAGCGUUUCUCUUCUGUUUUAUUUAUAAGCCCUUCUUGAAUCUCUUCUAGGUAAUUCAUUGUUUCCUAUUGUCGAUCUGAACUCCGAGCGUAGGGACAUCUUGCCAACGGUAGAAGUCGCUUGCAUUUUCAUAGUUAGUACUUAGACUAAUGCACAUUGAAAUCUCUUUAGUGACAAAUUAGGAAUUAAUAUCGGUAAGUGUUCAUCUCAUAAUCAUUUCUCGACUCAUUCGCUUCCUUCAAUGCGUUUGAUUGUCGAAGCGGACAUUGUUUGACGAACGAAUUGGAAUUGUAGUAUUCUAAUCGCCAAAUACACUAUAAUAUAUUCAAUGAAUUUUGUAUAUGUAUAUCUUACGCCAAAUAUUUAUUCUUAUUACCAUUAUAUUAUACACUAAUGAAAUUAAUUGAUAGUUAUCGAAUUGAUUUGCUAAAACAGUAAGAAUUGACUCACGUGCCUUUACGCGACUGGAUUUGUCGAAAUAUGUAACGCGAGACGAAAUAAACGCGUGUCUGCACAAAUGAUGUAUUUAUGUAUUAAUUACUCGGGUGCAGCGAUUGGAUUUAGUUUAACUAUUAUCAGAAAGUAUUGUUUGCUAAGUCAAGUAACAGAUAUCGAAUAGAAUGGUGCUUAGUUGAAGAUUUUCGUAGAAAUUUAACGUAUUAAGUCUUAUGUAAGGUAGAAACAGUGUUCUCUAAGGAAAUAUCUAUUUUGUUGACCGUUCAGAAGUAUUUUCAGUAGUUUUAACUUAAUUUGUUGCCAUUUCAUUGUUAGGUAUACGAUUUAAUAAUUUUUAAGAAAUAAUUUAUCAUUUAUACUCAUAUUUAUUUGUAAUCGUAACGUAUUGCGCUAUUUAUUUGUGUGAGGUAUAAUACUGUUUUCGUGGUCACGGUUUUGAUACUUUGAAACUGUGAAGUGUUGAAUAAUAUUGUAAUUCCCAUCAUACGUUUUGUAUUGAAUGUCAAUAAAUUAUAUAGUUGAA